AUGCACACGCGCCGCGCCCUGGGCGCCGCCGCCCGGCCCCGCGUGGCCGACGACGUGCGGGCAGACUUCCAGCGCCGCCUGCCCUACAGCUACCUGCAGCGAGCCUACAUCCAGCUGAACAAGCUGGAGGAGGCAGCAGAUGCAGCUCACACCUUCUUCCUGGCGAACCCCGAGCACCUGGAAAUGCAGCAGGACAUCGAGAACUACAAGACCAUGGCCGGGAAGGCCACUCUGGUUGACCGAGAGGCCAGGCCACACAUGGAGGCCUACAGCGCGGGGGUGAAGCACUACGAGAGGGAAGAGUACGGGCCAGCCAUCGAGCAGCUGGAACGAGCCCUGGGGGAGUAUUACACGGCCGACGAGGAGUGCCGCGUCCUGUGCGAGGGGCCGCAGCGCUUCGCGGAGCACGAGUUCUUGGACUACCAAGCCGACCUCUACGAAGCUGUUGCAGAACACUACUUGCAGGUCCUGGCUUGCAAACAGGAUUGUGUCCGAGACCUGGCCACCCGACCCGGGCGCAUCUCGCCCAUCGAGAACUUCCUGCCGCUCCACUACGACUACCUGCAGUUUGCCUAUUACAGGGUUGAUGAGCACACCAAAGCCCUUGAGUGUGCAAAAUCCUACCUGCUCUUCCACCCGGACGACCAGGACGUCUUGGAAAAUGCAGUCUAUUAUGAGAGCCUCUUGGAAGACAAGGUGGACCCAGAGACCAUCGUCCCCAGGGAGGAGGCUGCAACAUUUCUGAGACGUUACAGGCUGGAGUCUCACCUGCUAAAGAUGGGUGCAGCGGGCCUGGGAUUCCUCUACACGGAGCCGAACUACUGGAACCGGUACGGGGCCCGGCAGGAUGAGCACAGCGUCCCCUCCGGCGUCAGCAGCGAGCCGGACGAGGGUCCCAGGCUGGUGAUGAGCAAGAAGCCGGCUCCCAAGAUGGAACGAGAGCUACGGGAGGGUGAGUUUGCCUGAAUCCAGGAGUCGCAGAGCUCCCCGCCGGUCUGCAAGGCAGGUCUGAAACACCCCAGGAGGAAGCACAGCCGACCCACUGCCCCCUUCC